UAUUUCCCAAGAACAAGAAAAAGCAGAGAAGAUAGAGAAAGAGAGAGUGAGAGGGUUUGAUUGAGAAACAAACACCAAAAAAAAAUGGCAAAGGGUUAUUCGACACGUGUGCUCACGUUUCUGAUGUUGAUCUCGCUAAUGGCGGUGACACUGAAUCUUGUGUCUACUGCGGAGGCAAAGAAGCGGAGGAGAGAUGCCCCUAUAGUGCAAGGUCUCUCAUGGAACUUUUACCAGAAAGCAUGUCCCAAAGUCGAAAACAUUAUCAGAAAAGAGCUCAAGAAAGUCUUCAAGAGAGAUAUUGGUUUGGCCGCAGCCAUCCUUCGUAUACAUUUCCAUGAUUGCUUCGUUCAGGGAUGUGAAGCAUCAGUGCUGCUAGCUGGAUCAGCUAGUGGACCAGGAGAACAAUCAUCGAUCCCUAACCUGACGCUCCGUCAACAAGCCUUUGUCGUCAUCGAUAAUCUUCGUGCCCUUGUCCAGAAAAGGUGCGGUCAAGUCGUCUCUUGCUCUGACGUCCUCGCUCUCGCCGCUCGCGACUCCGUCGUCCUUUCAGGAGGGCCAGACUAUGCUGUGCCACUUGGGCGACGCGACUCACUAGCAUUCGCGAGCCAGGAGACCACAUUAAAUAACUUACCACCACCCUUCGCCAACGCGAGUCAGCUCAUAGCCGACUUCGCCAACAGAAACCUUAACAUAACCGACUUAGUGGCACUUUCUGGUGGUCACACCAUCGGAAUCGCGCAUUGUCCUUCUUUCACAGACCGACUCUACCCGAACCAAGACCCAACCAUGAACAAAGCCUUCGCCAACAACCUCAAACGCACUUGUCCCACCGCGAACUCGAGCAACACCCAAGUGAAUGACAUAAGGAGUCCUGACGUGUUCGACAACAAGUACUACGUUGAUCUCAUGAACCGACAAGGGCUAUUCACUUCCGACCAAGAUCUUUUCGUAGACAAGAGGACACGUGGCAUCGUGGAGAGUUAUGCGAUCGACCAGCAGCUGUUUUUCGAUCAUUUCACGGUAGCGAUGAUCAAGAUGGGUCAGAUGAGUGUCUUGACGGGAACACAAGGAGAAAUUCGUUCCAACUGCUCAGCAAGAAACACCCCAAGUUUCAUGUCCGUCUUGGAAGAAGGCAUUGAGGAAGCUAUUUCCAUUAUAUAAAUAACCAUAAAUCUUCACCUUUCUUCUUAACUCUGUUUUUAUUUCGUUCACGCACUUGUGCAUGGUUUGUCGAAUGCUUAAAACUAUCUGAUAAAUAAGAGCAUUGCUUCACUUAUAACUA